AGCAGAGCAGAGCAGACCGACCCGGUGUAAGAGUGACAGCAGGGGAAGAAAAUUCCACCUCUCCGCAGCUCGCGCCUCCUCUCCUCUCCCCGUCCCCGUCCGCGUCCGCGUCCAUGGACGCGUACCACCAGCAGCGCCGCUUCGCCGGCCCUGGCGACACGCCGCCGCCGCCGCAGCCGCCUCAUCCCUCCCACCCGAACGCCCACUGGUAUCCCGCGCCCCCGCCACCGUACCCUCCCCACCCCAGCCACCCCUACCCUCCCCAGCACCACCGCCAGUGGGGCCCGCCCCCCGACAUACAUCACCAGCGCCACCCUGCGCCGCUGCCACAGCAGCACCCGUACGCGUACCAGCCGCUGCCCCCGCCGAUGCCGAUGCAGCCGCCGCCACCGGCGCCUGGGAACCCCUGGCCUCCUCACCACGCCGCCGGCCAGCCCUCGCCGGCCAGCUACCCUCCGCCGCCGCCGGGGCAGGCUUGGACCAAUCAUUCAUGGACUCAGGAUCAUGGAUAUCCAGGUCAUGGCAAUGAGGAAGAUUGGGCUACAAAGGCGAAAGCAUGGGCUGCUGCUAAGUCAGUUACGGAAAACCGCCAGGUUCAACAGCAUGUUGUAUCCACAAGUAGAACUGAAAAUCAUCAUUAUGGUUACCAUGAUCAGUAUCAGCAACCAGCUGGUCUGCCUACAGAAGUUAAAGAACCUUUACACCCACCAAUUCCUCAAUCAAGUAACGACUAUGUGCCAUUUCCAAUGGCAGGUCAUCAUAGGGAAACAAAACAUUUGCUAGAUAGAGGUCCAAUGGUGUCUCCAGCGAAGAAUUUUGAUUCAUUUCCAUCCACCUAUGAGCAGGAGGUAUCUUAUAAUUAUUCUUCUGCUCCAGGUAAUGGGAAUGCUAUGCCUCAAUAUCCAAGCUCGCAAGCACAACCAUUUCCAACUGCUUCGUCUGUUCAAGAUGGAUUCCCACGGGCUCCGCCUAGUAUGCAUGUUCCCUCAGUGGAACAGCCUCCUUUUGGGCAUGAACGACAGUCAGUUGAUCCAAGUGACCAACCUUUGGAAUUUAAUAGCAGGAAAGCUCCUGAUAUGCCAGUCCAUAUAAAUUACAAUUCUAGUAUCCCAGCUGCUCCAUCAGUAGCAUCUAAUCAUGAUGUAGUUGCAACAUCCACCCAUUCAUGGAUGCCUCCUGCAGUAGGGUUUCUCCCUCAAGCUCCAGUGCCACCACAAGCAGCACAGAUGGAUCCUUCUGUGCAUGCUGCACCACUUUUUGGAGCAGUCUCUGGUUCAAACUAUGUCCCACCUGCAGCAUUUGGUGUUGGUAGUGUAACAGAAGUGUUCCCUACAGAUCCAAACACUCUGUUUAGUGUUGCAGAAAAAUCAAAGAAACCUCCAGUACCUAACUGGCUUCGAGAAGAACUUUUGAAGAAAAAGUCAGCUCCAUUGAGUGCUUUGGCACAGCACUCGUCGAAUUUAAAUUCCAUGGAAUCUAAAGAUGCCGAACAACCACUAAGAAGACCUGACCAAAGUGACAGCAGAAGCAAUGAUUCAGCUAAAUCCACUGAAGAUGAUGAAGCUGAUGAGGAUGAAAUUGAAGCGGCUCGGGUGGCAGCAAUCAACCAGGAAAUUAAGCGUGUGCUAACUGAAGUUCUUUUGAAGGUUACUGAUGAUCUUUUUGAUGAGAUCGCAACAAAAGUUUUGAACGAAGAUGAUUCAUCAGCUGAAUCCAAUGAGCCCACUGGUAUUUUUGGCUCGAAGGAGCCUAAUCUGGGCGAAUCAAAAACCAAGACCUCUGCUAAAGUUGUUCUCUCUGCUACGCCAACCAAUAUUAGCUCUAGUGAUCGUAAAGAUAGUAUUGGGCUAAGUUCCCCUAAAGGUGCUCUUCUCGGUCUUGCUAGUUAUGAUUCAGAUGAUGAUGAUGAAGAUGAGGGUGAUGGCGAGGCUAAGAUUCCAUCAUCAAAUUUAUCAUCUGAAGCUAAUGCCAGCGCCGCUAAUCCUGAAGAAGGUGAUAAAAGCACUCUUGGUAAACGACAUGGGAAUCAUAAUGAAAAAAAUUCUUCACUCGGAAGCACUUCAUCAGGGGAAGAUCCUAAAUAUAUGAACAAAAAAUUUCAAAGGAGCACAAAUGCAGAACAUGAACGUGAGCAUAUUCAUGACACACAGAAUGGAGAAUUUCCUUUAGAUGCCAAAACUUUUAUCCAGCCAAAGGGUGCAGUUCAUAAAAUGGAUGACAAGGCACAUAGAUACGCAGAGGUAGAUAUCCGGAACAGAAAAACCUCUUCUGGCAGUCAUGCUGAAAAGUACAAUGAUGUGGAAAGCAGUCACAGGCAUUUAGAAAAGAGCGGCAAGGAGGACUUUUUAAAAAAGGUGAAGGCUGAUCAUACAAAAGAACUUGAAUCUUCUACUGCAGAAAAAUACAAUAAUGAUGACAAAUAUAGCAUGUAUGGAAACCUUGAUAAAAAGGGUAGCUUCAAGGAAGAAAAAGGUUCUGGUAAGAUUGCAAAGCAUGAAUCAGAUACAAGGGAGCCAUACUCCAGAGGUAACUCUAAGCAGGAUGAUGCCAAGGGAGAUCGAAAGGAUUUUUCAAAGGAUACUAGAGAGGGAAACAGGGAUAUUACUGAUAGAGGAGAGGGGAAAGUAAAAGAUGAAAAGGAGGACGGCUCAAGGCAAAUGACAAAGAGCUCAUCAAGUCAUAGCAGUAGAAGGUCACGGUCACGAUCACGAUCUCCAAGAGAGAGAAGUCGAAAUAGGAAGGAGAGCUCUUCACAUGUUCGAGGGAGUGUUUCAAGUGAUGAACCUUCUGAUAGUGUGAAAAAGAGAAAGCUUCAUUCGCGUAAAAACAGCGUGUCUCCCUCACCUCCAAAAUCUAGAAACAGGUAUCUUCUGCGUGAAGAAACAUCAGGUUCAUGUUACUCUUACACUUACCUAUUUAGUAUUAUGUUUCAUCUCUAGACGAAUUUCGCGGUCUCCACAUAGCAAGCAUUCUCACCGCAGGCAUUCGCCUUAUUCAUCUGCCAACAGGUAAGAGAUUAAUUUGUUCUUUCUUCAUCAUUAUAUAACUCCUGCUGAUAGCUCGACGUGAAAUUUUCAGUAGUUUUGAAAAUAGAUUAGCUAUCAAUCUUGCUGUAGCUGAUUAUGAAAAAUGGAUUAGCUGCAAAUAAAAGCAAAUAGUAAGGAAUUUUAAGAAAAAGAAAAGACAGAUUUUAGGUAUCUUGACAGCACAUGUUCGAUUGAAAACAUUGUUUAGAUUUUACAAGAAACCUCGUGCUUGAUAUGUAAUCUUGCAUGGUUUCCCCAAAAAUUUCCAUACCAUCUUAAGAAAUCAAAGGCAUUUUCUACACAAUUUCUCCCAGGGAAAGCAGAAAACAGCAUACUGUAAGUUUGUAGCCUGCAGGAUGUUUAAAGUACACUAUACUUCAUCUUGGAGUCUUGGGUAUUCUGGCCGGGCAUCAAUUCUUAGACUUUCAGGACUGCCGAUCCUUUAAAUCUGGAAUCCUCUAUUUGUUGGCCCACUUGUACAGUACUAUAUUAGUGCUUCCUUAAAAACUGUGUCUAAUCAUCGCAGGAAGAGGCGGUCAAGAUCAAGAACUCCAGUCAAAAGGAGAUAGAAGACAGUGGGCAGUUUGUUACCCAACAGGGCCGGAUGCCCAGGCGUCCCCGUGAAACAAUAGAUGUUGCAGUAUUGAUGUGGUGCUAUCUAGUGCAUCUUUUGCGUCUAUGGUUCCAUGGAAGAACAGCAUCCCAAUGGUGACAAGACAUCAAUAGAGGCAGAGACUGGAUAUAUAACUCCAAUGCUUACGACAUAAUGAUCAUUUUGCUGUAUCCUGUUCGGAGAAUGAGCAAUGGUAACCAGCUUAGGAGGUUUGCCAUUGGACAGUAUGAUUUGCAGUGCCCCCAUCGACUUCGCCGUAUAUUAGGCCAUGUACGGCUCUGCAGAGCUACGUUUUUAAUUGCACUUUCCUAACUCGGAGUAUUUCCUGAAAUUUUGUAUGCUAAGAGACAUGCAUUACCA